AUUUAUUUUUACAGUUAAAACAAAUGGAAAAUGAGCAGUGUUUGAGAAGUUUGGCCCAGUAUUUGCAGGAGCUUGACAGGAUGGACUUUGAGGAGAGACAAUUGGCUUUAGCUAAGGGAGUCCUAGCGGGCAAUGUUUUUGACUGGGGAGCAAGGGAGGUCACUCAGAUAAUGGAAAAUCAGAACUUUGGAUUCAAAGAAGCUACAGAAAAACUUCAGGAUCGCCCUUGGUUAUUUGAUGAUUUUGAUGCCUGGCUGGAUCGAAUAAAGGGAAAGCCCCACAAAUGUGCAGCCAUUUUUGUGGAUAACAGUGGAGCCGAUAUAAUUCUUGGGAUUCUCCCAUUUGUUAGAGACUUACUCUUUAGAGGAACUAAAGUGAUACUAUGUGCCAAUAGCCGACCUGCCUUAAAUGAUGUCUUAUACAAUGAACUUUCUGUACUCAUCAAACAUGUAGCUGAAAUUGAUGAACAAAUCGAUAAAAGUCUCUCGGAAAAUCAACUAAUGGUGAUGGAAACUGGACAGGGUUCACCAUGUCUAGACUUAAGGUUAAUUGAUUGUCAGCUGGUAGACCUGAUGAAUAAAGAGAACACAGACUUAAUUAUCAUUGAAGGCAUGGGGCGAGCAAUUCACACAAACUUUGAUGCCUGUUUUUCUUGUGAAGCCUUGAAGAUUGCUGUGAUAAAAAAUCGGUGGCUUGCAAAUAGACUUGGUGGGGAUAUGUUCUCUGUGAUGUUUAAGUAUGAAACACCAAGAAAAGUUUAUGCAGGCUUUUCUUGAUAGUUCUUUAAUGAAAUUAGUUCACAUUUUAGAAAAUUAUAUAAAUAUGUUCUCCUUUCAUAUUUAUUUGGUUUGAUAAUGAAAACUUGAUUUUACAAUAUUAAGCCUUUGAUAGGUACUAGCAUUUUCAUAUUCAGAUUCAUUAUGUAAUUUAUAUUCCCUGUUUUUUUUUUAAUAAAAUGUGAUCUUUGUAUGGCAUGUAAACCUUUUUCCAUAGACGGAAAUAGUAAUAGAAUAAUAUUGUUUUGAUCUCUGCAUGCCUGUAUUGUGUAACUUUUUAAUGAUUAAUAUAAUGUAACUGUUUAAUGAUUAGCUCAUUUAAUGUAUUUAGACCGAGAUUGUGGGAAGUGGUUGUCACCUAGUUACAUGAAUAAGAGCAUGAAAUAGAACUUGAAAGGUGUCAAUUUCAAAUGGAUUAAUUUUACACACACACACACCUGUUUUAACUUGUACCAUGUGAUAUAAGCAUUUUUAAUUAUAAUUGUAUGUAGUGAUUUUCUGUUGUACUCUGCUCCUGGGGACAGAAAGAAUUAAAAUUUUUGUUGCACUCAAGUAAAAUAUUUUAAUGUCAGAUUAAAAUCUGUAAACAGUGUAGUACUUUAACUUAGCAGGUAUCUAAAAUGUCCUCAGAAAUACUGUAGCAAGUUGAAACCCAUGAAUUGAUUUUUAUAAUGUUUAUCAUUGUUAAAAGUGUUGUUAUCCAAGAUAUUUUAUGUUAAAAGAAAUAUUUGAUGAGUUAUUUCCCUUAACAUGAUUUAUGUGUUAAAAGAACACCUGGUGAUUUAUAAAUAAAAUUAAGCCAUUCAUCCAUGCAGUUAUGUUUGCUUUAACAUUUUAAACAAUGAAUUUAAUUUUUUGAAAUAAUAUGUAUUGUUCCAUUUUGAUCUGAUUGGAAAGACUAAUAAGCAAUAAAUUAAAGACAAUUUAGGUACAUGCAUAAAUGUAUGAAGUUUCUUGUAUAAUCUGUAAAUCUGGAAUUUAUAUGGAGGUUUAUGUAAAACAUGUUCAUAAUUUAUCCAGAGAAUGCUCAAGUUUCUGUGAUAUACAAAAUAUUGAGGUAUAAUGUGUUCAUUAUUUUCUUUUUUUUCAACAGUGCAAAAAUAAAUAAAUUAAAACCUUUUCAA